UGGCAGUCGACGAUCAGCGGUACGAGGACACGAUGCGACGGCGCCAGACGGGGGAGUCCCGCCACCAUGCGUUGGCCAUCGACACGGAGCUUGCGGGGAGCGCCAUGAACACCCCUCCCCCGACGAAGCCCCAUGAGGAUGCGAAGGGGCGUCGGCUGACCGUCCAUGGAGCGCUGGACGAGGCAGGGAUCGCCCGUGGUCAUGCUGGAGACGACGACUACCUCACGUAUGGCAUGACAGUCGCCUUCCUCUCCAUGGAGCGGAAUGGGAUGCUGGCCUCGGAAGGCUUUGCGUCUUUGGACGUGCGUCUCGAGCAUAUGGUGCCCGAGGCCAAGCACAACAUGAAGCGCCGAUCGGGGCAACUCGUCGCAUGCCACUACAAGGACUGUCUCUUCGAGAUCGUUCCUAAGAUGAGUUACGAAGCGACAGCCGCGUUCGAGCAGGCCAAGGCCACAACGAAGGGCACUUCCGCCAGCUUCUCGACUGUCUUUUCCGAGCUCAAGUUCAAGAGCGAAUCCGAGCAGCGCCUGAACGCGUCAACGUAUACCAAUUUGUAUGGAAGGCACGUCAAGUAUGGCCAGACCAUUCAGCUGCGGCACAUCAAGUCGGGCAAAUUCAUCUGCGUGCACGACCUCGCAACACCCACUGUGGACACGACAGAGAUCUCCCUGAAACGGGGCUCGGCGGAGGCCCAUCUCACUUUUGUGCCACGCUACAAGCUACGCAAGUCAGGCGAGCCCGUCCAGAUCCUCGACCAAUUUUACGUCGUGCGCGACGUAAAACGGCUAUAUGUGCACACGUCGAGCCGUCUCGCCUCCGAUGGGGUGUCGUCGCUCAUGGUGGGGUCCAAGUCUCACUCGUCGCCAUGGCGUCUACUUCCGUACGAGUCGACAACAGAGAAAGCAUCCAACAAGAGCCUCGAGUCAGCGGCCGUGCUAAAAGCUGGCGCGUGCAUUCGCCUACUGCACCUGGAGACAAACGCGUGGCUCGGCUGUGACGAUGACGCAUUGCAUGUGCGUCUCCAAUCGGAGCUGCACGGGAUGGACCCUCUUGAGGCCGCAGCUGUGGUGCUACCCAACACGCUAUGGGAAGUUGAGCGAAGCUACACGAGCGACGGAGGCGCGCUUUGCUGGGCAGAUACGAUCGCAUUGCGGCACCUCGUAUCGGGCAAGUACAUGACAAUGGACGAGGCCUCUGCGACAAUUGGGAUGGGCUAUCAGCCUCAGGCGUUUGUGUUUGAAGCAACCAUGAACGUUCACCCGCGGUUUGUGUACUGUCCCGACAUUUGCGCUCAUGGAUCAUUGUAG